AUGAUAAAAACCCUUCUUGGGAUGAGCCUUCUAUUUGGUGGAGGACGGGAUACAAGAAACAUAAGUACUGAGAAGGAUCUAGAGCAAUUCCGUAGAUACUGCCAGUCGGGAUAUAAGUUUAUACCAAAAGCAGAGAACUAUAAUCUUGAAAAGCUAUUUGUAAUAUUCAGGCACGGUGCCCGGGCCCCCACCAGAAAUCUCACAAGGGCAUGGGAAGGCCAGGAAUGCAUGUCAUGCAACCUCAACAAUAGCAUGAUAUCAGACUGUAAGAGGAAGGAGUGCAGCGAGGGAGACCUAACGUAUAGAGGAUUCAAGCAAAUGGACACCCUUGGGAAAUUUAUAAAGAAUAAUUAUAAGUCUCUUCUUUUUGAUAAGAAAAUAGAGCAGGGGAGCAUAAAGAUGAGGGCUACAAAAGUACCCAGAACGCACUCUUCUCUUGCCGGGGUUAUAAGAGGCCUUACUGGGGAUACUGUGCUGCAGAAUGUAGAAAUACCCGUGAGUGACGAUACCUUAUUAAACACUUUGGGGUGCACAUCCCAGAAAGAAAAGGAGGAUGUCACGGCAUUUUUCGACAAACCAAAUAUAAUCCAAGACAAUCAUGCGUUCAACCGCCAUCCAAGGCCGCAAGAAAGAGUGGAUCACUACUAUACAAGCCUAUGUAGCAGAGUUCAGGUAGACUGCAAGGAGCUGAAUUGUGAUAUAAAGAGCGUGGAAGAACACAUAAAAGCAGCAAAUGAUGCCUGGGAAUAUCUGGCAAAUAUCGGGGGUAGUACCGAUGAAAGAAGAAAGACCACAUUUGGAAGGUUUGCCAGGGACUUGCUUCUUGACAUAGGAGAGGAAAAAUACAUCUUUCUUUAUUCCGCGCAUGAUUCCUCCAUGAGUGCAGUACUCACGGGCCUUGACACAGGGAUAUCCGAAUGGCCUUCGUAUGCAUCGGCACUAUUUAUCGAGGUGUGGUGUAAUAUGGGAAAGCAGUAUGUCCGGAUGGUGUUCAAUGAUAGAGUGGUUAGGCCAAAGUCAUUCCCAAGUGACUACAUUCCUAUAAGAGAAUUCAUGGGGUUUCUGAAGAAGACUAUUCCCAGCGCUCCAGAUAAAAAUCCAGAAAAGCCCGAUUCCAAAGACACAAGGGAUGACACAGACACAGAGGAGAAAAUAGAGAAAAAUGAGGGUGCAGCGAAGACCAACCCUGCUUAG